UAAGAUUGUUGAACGUGUGCGGACGUACAGCGGGUGACUAAUAGUAAUAAUAAUUAUAAAUAAUAGUAAAAAGAAGCACCGCAAAUGCACACAGAAACAACACCGCAUUCAAUUAGUCAAAGUAUAAAAGUUAUAAAUAUAAAGGCUAAAUAAGUGCCCAAGUUGAAAAAAAGAACAACUAAUUUCUGUGCAAGAGUUGAAACGUAGCCAAAAUAUUUGAAGCGAGAGAGCGGCGGAUAGAAAUUUGCCACCGACACAAUUUUUCUCAUUCUUGCUUCCUCCAAAUUCGUGCAUCGCGUGUGUUUAACGCGGCAUCGUUGAAGCGCGAGUGUGUGUGCGUGUGUGCUUGUAUGUGCGCGCGUAUUCAAGACAAAGAGAGAGCAAGAUAUUGCAAAAAUACAAAAUUUGUUGCUGCAAGUUUUUUGGUGCCGUGCAUACUAAGGAACUUUCGUUCAACGUGUGUGAGUGAGUGAGCGUGUGUAUGUGCACGAGUGCAAGGCACGUGAAUGUCGCUGAAAAACCAACAAGCCUAUCAACCGCUACCAUCUGCCGUAGCUGCCAUGGACAAUCCGGCGAUGAGCAACAGUAGCAGCAGCAGCGGGAGCAAUGAUGACGUUGCCGAACUAGUUCAGAGCGGGUUACCUCCGACAUACUCGUCACAACAGCUCGUUUCGUCCGACUCGGAUUCUAUGGAACGUCAGCAUCUACGCGGAACUAGCAUCGCACCUGAGCCCCGAUCUAGACCGGGUAUAUCCCGUAAACAAUGGUUUGCCGUAUCGGUGCUAUGCUUUGUUAAUCUCAUCAACUACAUGGAUCGAUUCACAAUUGCGGGUGUUUUGACGGACGUAAAGAAAACCUUUGCCAUAGACAAUGAUUCUGCUGGCCUAUUACAGACAGUUUUCGUACUGUCUUAUAUGGUAUUCGCGCCGCUCUUUGGCUAUAUGGGCGAUCGGUAUUCGCGUCGUUGGUUGAUGGUUGUGGGCGUGGCUCUAUGGUCUACAACAACAUUGUUCGGCUCAUUCAUGCAGACUUUUGCCGGAUUCAUAACAUUCCGCGCUCUGGUCGGCAUCGGCGAAGCCUCCUACAGCACCAUAGCGCCAACGAUCAUCUCCGAUUUGUUUGUGGACAGCAUGCGUUCCAAAAUGUUGGCGCUCUUCUAUUUCGCCAUACCAGUGGGCUCUGGACUUGGCUAUAUUGUGGGAUCAACGACGGCGGAACUGGCUCACGACUGGCGCUGGGCACUGCGUGUCACGCCCGUUCUGGGCGUUACGGCCGUAGUGCUGCUCUCGAUGCUGAAGGAUCCGAAACGUGGCGAAAGCGAAGGCGUCGAGCAGGUGGAACGUGCCAGCUUCUGUGUGGAGCUCAAGGAUCUACUGAAGAAUCGCUCCUUCGUGCUGUCCACGGCUGGCUUCACCUGUGUCGCCUUUGUGACCGGCGCCCUGGCCUGGUGGGGACCCAACUACAUUCAUCUUGGCCUCAAGAUGCAGCCGGGCAACGAGAAUCUCAAGCAAGAAGACAUCUCGUAUAAGUUCGGCCUGGUCGCCAUGGCCGCCGGCCUAAUCGGCGUCCCGCUGGGCUCGGCCCUGGCCCAAUACUAUCGCACGCGCAUCGCCAACUGUGAUCCCUACAUAUGCGGCAUCGGCCUGUUCAUAUCGGCGCCGAUGGUGUUCAUCGGCCUGGUCAUGGCGCGCAGCAAUGGGACGCUCUGUUUCCUGUUCGUGUUCCUGGCGCAGGUGGCGCUCAAUCUCUGCUGGUCCAUUGUGGCCGAUAUAUUGCUGUACGUGGUUGUGCCGAUGCGUCGCUCCACAGCCGAAGCGGUCCAAAUCCUCGCAUCCCAUGCACUGGGAGAUGCCGGCAGUCCGUACCUGGUGGGCGCUAUAUCGACAGCCAUUAAGAACAAGAUGCUGGCACAGUCCAGGACCGUUGAUAGCGAUGUUUUAAAAAGUAUGUCCCAAUUGGCGGAAAACGCCACAGAAAUCGUCACAGAAACACUACGCGCAAGGUCGGCUGAGGAUGUUUACACCUUUGAAUCGCUGCAGUAUUCGCUGUUCUCCACCACCUUUGUUGAGGUGCUGGGCGGCGUCUUCUUCCUGAUCACCGCCUGUUACAUUGUGAAGGACAAGUCUAGAGCGACAGCCUCUGUUCUGGAAUACAGCGAGCAGCAACGCCAGCAGCAACGGCAACAGCAGCAGCAGCAGGCGCAGAGCAACACUAACAAUGCCUAAUAUCUGCCGAUCCGGGAAGCUUUGUUACACACCCAGCGCGAAGGGAUUCUGUGUGAAAUGGCACUGACUGAGUAUCAUCUUUAAAA